AUGAAGCUCCCCAUGUCCGCUCCCAAAGACGCCGUCAAGUACGUCCUCGCAUCCACUUUCAUGCUGACACCAGGUUCUCGCCUGUCCAAGGCUGGCUUCCAGCAGAUCUCGGAGCGUAACCCCAAGCCCUCGUCACUCGCCGCCGGUGGCAAGUACUACUACACCCGCAACCAGUCUUCCCUCGUCGCCUUCACCCUCCCUCCCAAGGGCACCGCCCCUACCGCCGUCAGCUUCGCCGUUGGUCACGUUGACUCGCCGUGCCUCAAGGUGCGCCCGAUCAGCAAGCGCCAAAAGGCCGGCUACCUCCAGGUCGGAUGCGAGCUCUACGGCGGUGGUCUCUGGCACACUUGGUUCGACCGUGACCUCUCGCUUGCCGGCCGUGUGAUCGUCAACACUCCGGGUGCCAAGAACGGCUUCACAUCCAAGCUCGUCAAGAUCGACCGCCCCAUUCUCCGUAUCCCGACGCUCGCUAUCCACCUCGACCGUGGUGUCAACGACAAGCUCACCUUCAACAAGGAGACUGAGUUCCUCCCCGUCCUCGGCCUUGUCAACGAGCAGCUGAACAAGCCUGCAAGCAACAACCCGUCGCGCGCUGGCACUCCCAAGCCCGACACGAAGAAGGACGACGGAAACGGCCGUGCGGACGCCACGUCUAAUGAGGAACGCCACCACCCCCUGCUACUUGCCGUCCUGGCUGACGAGCUGGGUUGCAGCAUCGACGACAUUCACGACUUUGAGCUUUGCCUGUACGACACGCAGCCUUCUGCUGUCGGUGGUCUGAACAACGAGUUCAUUUUCUCUCCUCGUCUCGACAACCUUGGUACCUCGUGGUCGUCGAUUGAGGGUCUCUGUGAGGCCGUCGAGGCCGAGGGCAAGUCGGACAGCAAGGAGCCCAACGUCCGCUGUGUCAUCCUCUUCGACAACGAGGAGGUUGGCAGUGUCAGCAACCACGGCGCCGAGUCCAACCUCCUCCCCUCGUUCGUUGAGAUGCUCUCCCGCCUCCCCUCGUCCGACAAGGGCGAGUACCAGAUCCUCGCCAACUCAUACCUUAUCAGUGCCGACAUGGCUCACGCCGUGCACCCCAACUACGAGUCGCGCUACGAGACCAACCACAGCCCGAAGCUGAACGCUGGUGUCGUCAUCAAGACGAACGCGAACCAGCGCUACACCUCGAACGCCCAGACCACCUUCCUGCUGCGCCAGAUCGCGAAGCGUGCUGGCGUCCCCAUCCAGGACUUUGAGAUUCGCAACGACUCCUCUUGCGGCAGCACAGUUGGCCCUGCCCUCUCGACCCACGUCCGCACUGUUGACAUUGGUAUCCCCCAGCUCUCCAUGCACUCGAUUCGCGAGACUUGCGGUUCGGGUGACAUCCGCUACUACAUUGACCUCUUCAAGGUCUUCUUCGAGGAGUUCUCGCAGAUCGACGCCGAGCUCAAGGUCGACGACCAGUACGAGUAG